GGGACAGGGAUCAGGUACAGGGACGGACGCUAAGCUGGUGCUGGGGACGACCCGGAGGAUAGUGAUGCUCCUUUUUAAUCCUUUCCGCAAGAAAUCCAUGACUGAGGACACCGAGCAGCACCCAUGACGCCAAACGGAGCCGAAGGGCGGAACGAGGAGCGCGAGGAUGGUGUACUGGCGCGUGGGUUUGGCGUGGAGCCGGUCGUGCGCGCUCGAUCUCGGCCACAACAAAAGUUUCUUCCCCUUCGGUCUCUGUAGCUCGGACGAGCAGCUCUCGUUUUAUGGCUACGUCAUCGCGUACCCGCUGCAGGACUACGGCGGCAUCAUGGCGGCCCUGGGCACGGAUUCGUGGUGGCGGAAGGCGCUGUACAUCACCGGGGGCGCGCUGCUCGCCGCCGCUGCUUAUUUACUGCACGAGCUGCUCGUCGUCAGGAAAGAGCAAGAACUGGAUUCCAAAGACACCAUCAUCCUGCACCAAUUUUCCAGGCCCAAGAACGGUGUUCCCAGCUUGUCCCCUUUUUGCCUCAAGAUGGAGACUUACCUCCGAAUGGUAGACCUGCCUUACCAGAACUACUUUGACGGGAAGCUUUCUCCUCAGGGGAAGAUGCCGUGGAUCGAAUACAACCAGGAGCAGGUGAGCGGCUCUGAGUUCAUUAUUGACUUCCUGGAGGAGAAACUGGGAGUGAACCUGAACAGCAACCUGAGUCCUGAGGAGCGAGCCAUGUCACGGGCCAUCACCAAAAUGGUGGAAGAACAUUUCUACUGGACAAUAGCCUACUGUCAAUGGGUUGAUAACCUGGAGGAGACUAAGAAGAUGCUGGCAGUGACUGGGCCACUGAGCGACCUGCUAAAGUGGAUCCUGAGUCAUGUUAAUGGUGGCAUUGUGAAGAGAGAGAUGUAUGGCCAUGGCAUUGGGCGCUUCACUAAAGAGGAAAUCUACACGCUGAUGGAAAAGGACAUGCGCACCCUGGCUACUCUGCUCGGAGAUAAAAAGUACAUCAUGGGCCCCAAAGUCUCCACGGUUGACGCUACAGUAUUUGGUCACCUUGCCCAGGCCAUGUGGACGUUGGCCGGCACGCGGCCGGAGCAACUCAUUAAAGGCGAGUUCAUUAAUCUGGCCAUGUACUGCGAGCGCAUCCGGAGGAAAUUUUGGCCUGAGUGGUUUGUGGAUGUUGAUGACUUGUACUAUGAUGGCUUGAGUGAAGAGCCUCACUCUCCAUCUCAGCUGCUGGACCUGGGUCUGUUCUCUCACACUGAUGGUUUCCAGGAGGAACCCAGCAGCCUGUCGCACUCCUACACAACACACUCGCCGGACAGCGACCGCACCGGACACUCCCUCUUCGACUCCGACAUGGACGGCGAGUACUCUGAGACGGAGCAGAUCAAGUGCUAACUGCUUCGUCCGUCACGAUGCCACAUCUCGGGCAUAUCUGUCCUUCAUAAGUCCUCUCUCAGAAGGAUAGAGUUCUCCUUCAUGAGGAGGACACGGACGGGGCUCCUGAAUAUCCUGCCUGCACAAAAGAGACAUGUACAACAAGGGAAGCAUGAAAGGUGUGCAAUAUUAUCAGUGACAACGAGAAAGCUGAUGAACCUCACGUUUACCUGCAAGUAGGGCUGGGUAAGAUGGUAUAUUAUAGUAUGAUCUUGACAUGUGUGACCUGCGUCACAUGACAUAGCUGAUUGGACAGAAAUCUAUUUUUGUACCAAAGUUUCAUUUUUCCUUCUAUUUCCUUUUUUUUUUAGACUACAAAUGAAAUAUUGCAUCACAAUUUAACAGCCAUUUUGUUAAGCAAACCAGAUGCCAUGCUGUGUAUUGCAGAUGUCCUCAGAUAUCUUGAUGUCAUAUUUUGCCCAACCCUACUUGCAAGGAAAUACAUAGGAGGUUUUAUAUAUUCAGAAAAAUGAAAGGGUAGGAAAGAAAAAAAAGAAAGAACGUCAAAUCAUCAAGCAAGGGAAUGAUAAAAAAAAUAGAGCUGGAGAGAAACCUGAGGGAGUGAAUGACGCCACUGCUGAAUAGUUCCCUCCGUCCUGACAGAUCGCUGCUCCUCAUCAUCCUCUUGCCAUGUUGAAAAAAUAGUCUCUUCCUGUCUUACGAUGUAUUACAGUAUGGAUAUCGAGAGCACUUGAUACGUUUUACUUUUCACCGUUCAUGUCACCCAGGCUUGUCAUACUAGUAGCAGAUACUGACCAACACUUUUGUCCCUUUAAACAACAACAACAACAACAAUGUCAUGUUUGGACUUUUAUACAAAUGGAAAGAAAACCUACAACAAUCAGAAUAGAGCAACAUGAAGGAAAUGAAAUGAAAUGUUUGUGUUCAUGAAGUGUUCACAUAUACUGUAUAUACACACACAUAUAUAUAUAUAUAUAUGUACACUCACCGGCCACUUUAUUAGGUACACCUGGCUAAUACCGGUGUGGUCUUCUGCUGCUGUAGCCCAUCUGCCUCAAGGUUUGACGUGUUGUGUGUUCAGAGAUGCUCUUCUACAUACCUCGGUUGUAACGAGUGGUUAUUUGAGUUACUGUUGUCUUUCUAUCAGCUCGAACCAGUCUGGCCAUUCUCCUCUGACCUCUGGCAUUAACAAGGCAUUUGUGCCCACAGAACAGCCCUCACUGGAUAUUUUCUCUUUUUCAGACCAUUCUCUGUAAACCCUAGAGAUGGUUGUGUGUGAAAAUCCCAGUAGAUCAGCAGUUUCUGAAAUACUCAGACCAGCCCGUCUGGCACCAACAACCAUGCCACGUUCAAAGUCACUUAAAUCACCUUUCUUCCCCAUUCUGACGCUCGGUUUGAACUGCAACAGAUCGUCUUGACCAUGUCUACAUGCCUAAAUGUAUUGAGUUGCUGCCAUGUGAUUGGCUGAUUAGAUAACGUUGCGUUAACGAGCAGUUGGACAGGU